UGCACAAUGGUGGACACAAGUGCGAGCUUCUUGUGUUCGAUAGCGUCCCGGCUGCACGAGAAACUGGAGCACAAGUCGAAGCUACUCACUCGCGCUACUUGCACGCUCCGCUGUGUCGGUGGUCUCACUAUUGCGCAGUGGAUCAGAUUUUUUUUUUUUAUUUGAAUCGGCACGUGAGUGUUGAUAGGGGUCUGUAGUUUUGUCUUUUACAGAUUCAUGCACUCUGUGGUCCAGCUGUACAUGAUGCGUCGGAUGUGUGGGCGACGUCGUCGCUCUCGCUUCGUCCUCAAGGUGUCAGUCGCCUGCAUGAUUGCCGUCACCUUCUUCAUCCUUUGGACGAGCGUCUGGUCCGCAAACCGGUCGUCGUACGCCUCUAAGAAGCGAGGCAUCCAUGACAGGCGCCAUUCCACUGUAUCCGAAGACACCUCAAAACUGCCACGUCCGCACCACGACGACGUCUACGAUGCCCUCAUCACACCACAUCCAGGCAUUGACGGCGAUCCGGACGAGGUCGUAGAAGAGGACGCCGAAGAGCUACAGUUCAUGGCCAGGUUCCGCAAAUACUGGGGCUCCGGGGGCCAAGGAGUGUACCUGGGCGGCGCCGAGAAGAAAGAGGCCGACGCGCAGUUCAGCAAGGCCGGCUUCAACGUCUACGUGAGCGACCGCAUUCCUCUGAACCGGUCCCUGGCCGAUCUGAGACCCCUUCCUUGCCAAGCUCUAAGAUUCCCGAAGGACCUGCCGUCCGUCAGCGUGGUCAUCACCUUCUACAACGAGAUAUUGUCGGCGCUUCUCCGAACCGUCUACAGCGUGGUGAACCGCAGUCCCAGGAGGAUCCUCAGGGAGGUCAUCCUGGUGGACGACUUCAGCGACCUUCCUGAGGUCAAGGGACAGUUGUACCGGUUCCUCAAGAGGCACUUCCGACCGGGGUUCGUGAAGCUCCUGCGGCUGCCCCGCAGAGAAGGACUGAUUCGGGCUCGGCUCGUGGGUGCCAAAGAGGCAGCCGGACAUGUGCUCGUGUUCCUCGACUCGCACUGCGAGGCGACGCGCCAGUGGCUGGAACCUCUGGUGACCGCGGUCAACGAUGACCCAACCACGGUCGCCAGCCCUAUCAUUACCAUCAUCGACGGGAAUACUUUCUCCCACGAGGGGAAGGACAUGGGGUUCCUGCCGCUGGGGAGUUUCGAGUGGAACGGCGACUUCACCUGGAUCCAUCCGCCGCCCGGCUGGCGGAGUCCCGAUCAGACGACGCCCGUGCGAAGCCCCACCAUCGCGGGAGGACUGUUCGCCGUGGACAGGACCUACUUCUUCCAGAUGGGCGGCUACGACCCCGGCAUGAACGGCUGGGGCGGAGAGAACCUCGAGCUCUCUUUCCGCAUCUGGAUGUGCGGAGGCCGCCUCGUGGUCGUGCCCUGCUCGCAGGUGGGCCACGUGUUCCGAACCGACCGACCGUACACGAUCCCCAACGAGACGGACAGCCACGCCCGGAACACCAAGCGGGCCGCCGAGGUCUGGAUGGACGAGUACAAGGAGAUCUUCUACAAAGAGAAGCCCGUCAUGCAAACCAUAGACGCCGGCGACGUGUCUGAGCGGAGGGCCCUCCGGGGCCGACUGGACUGCCACUCCUUCAAGUGGUACCUGGAUAACGUGUACCCGGGUUGGGUACCGCCCCUGGACACGCCUCAGUCCGGCGACGUGGGCGCUCCGGCUUGAACCCUUUCUUUGGGGCGCGUUCUUGUGUUCCACGAGCAAAGAAAGUUCGCGCCACCGAGUGACACUGAUGAUAAUCUGAUGACAUUUGAGCCAUUUUGAGAUUGUCAA